CAACAACAAUGAUGACUGAAUUCAGUGGUGCAGUGGUGUUGCGACCAACAACCACACACAGAUAUCAGCGCAGAUAUCAGACACGCUGCACAACAAGACUGUGCUCUCGCUAUCUUCCCCUCCCCAUCGUCUUGUCUCUCUCUGUCUCUGUCUUUGUGCUGUUUCCCUUCUUCUUUGCGUGAGGCUGCAUGCUGACAGCAGCACAGCGGUGCCAUCCGCUCGGUUGCGCCUCUUCUUUGUUGCUCCUGGUGCGCACAGUCAGGCAGCCACCACUGACAGUCACAGCUGGACGCAAUUUGUGGCCAUCCCCUGCUCUUCUGCACGGCCACAGGCACGCCAGCAGUGCACCAGCAUCCACAGCCCCAGAAACCACGAUUGCACAAGGCCUUGCGCACACACCUGUCAAGAUGCUGUUUCUAAACAGGGAGCGCGUGGUUCCUGUGCCUGAGAAGGCAACAUGGCUCAGCUCCGUCGUUCCAGGACCAUACACGACAAUGCGCACCAUUGACGGCACAUGCAUUGUUGAGUUUGACCGACACAUCAAGCGACUCGUGAAGGCGGGCCAGACGGUUGUGUCGCGGAUCCAGGGCGGCAAAGACGAGUUCAAGCGCGAGCUCCCAAACGAACGCGCCCUGGAGGUGCUGGCAAACACGGGGCAGCUGAGAGACAUGGUGCUGGAACACAUCCGCGCGAGCAUCACGUGCUUCCACGAGACGGUCGUGCUGCAAGGCAUGCGGGGGGAGGUGGAGGAAGCGCUGGAGAAGCGCAUCACCGUGCUGCUCAACUGGGGGAUGUCGUCAGACCACGAAUUCGUCACGUGCGUGAACACGGCGGCCGAUGGCAGCUGCAUCAACACGUGGGUGUAUGUGGAGGAGCUGCCUCCUGUGCCCAAGGCACCCGUGCACGUCAUUAUUCGUCGUCGACCGCCAGAGGCGCGCAUGUACGAGGGCAAGGACAGCAAGCGUGUCAUCUCCACCUUGCGCAGCCACUCGCAAGACAUGGGCGUGGAGCCGUCACACGACCAACAAGCUGUGCAAUGA